AUUAAUUUUGUCACGUGAAAAAUCCCAGAUUUUGCUAUAAACUCUCAUUUAUUUAAAAAUUCAUAUACAUUAAAGUGUUAACACGUGGUGUAGAUAUACAACAAAAUUGUUUUGGAAGCUGUAGCAUGUUAUCUAAUAAUGCUAACGUGUCAUAAUUUCACCUCUGCGGACGUUUGGAUUUACCGCGUGGCCACAUUUCUCAACUUUUCCAACACUUUAUAUUGGGCAAGAAAUCAAAGAAGGCAAAAUGGAUCAAAACCAGCAUUACAAGUAUCAUUGCAGAGCCGACUACUAUCGCCACUACAAACAACUGGGCAGAAGCUACAGAAGAUGAGCCCGAGAACUUCGGUUACUCGUCGCGUCCGCGCGCGCCGGUGGUGCUGCCGUCCGCGUCGCGCGCGGCCCGCGGCGGCAUGGCGGUCGACGACGAGUCCAUCCCGCGCCGCCCGCCCUACAUCGCACACAUCUCUAAUCUACCCUACGAUGUCGACGAGAUGGCCAUCUCCGAUCUGUUCGCUGGACUUAAGAUUACCAACUUAAGACUGCCGAGGGAAGGUGACCGCCUCAAAGGAUACGGAUAUGUAGAUUUUGAAGACAGAGAGAGUCUUAUUGAUGCCAUGAACAUGCCAGAUCUGACAGUUGGCGGCAGGAGAAUCAGGAUAGAGGUGUCCACGCAGGACAAUGACAGACGAAUGGGACGCGGCGGCGGCAGGUCCGAUAGGGAGAGGGACUACGACCCGGAGCGCACGAUGGGCGACUGGCGCUCGGGCCCGCGCGCCGUGCCCGAGCCGCAGGCGCGCGCGCGCAACAUGGACCGCGAGCGCGACCGCGACCGCGAGAGGGACUCGAGUGCGGAGACGCGUCCGGGCGCGUGGCGCGACGGCGGCGAGCGCGGCGAGCGGCCCGAGCGCGCCGAGCCCGCGCGCGCGCCCUACGGCGGCCGCGACUCCUUCGGCCGCGACCGGUACGACAGGGAGGACAGAGGUAGAGAUCGUGGUUAUGGUGGCCGCGACGGUUUUCGCACCGCCGAACGCGAUGGAUUCGGCAACAGAGAUGGCAGAGGAUUCGGCGGAAGGGGAUUCGGCGAUCGUGAACGCGAUAUGCCUCCAAGAGAAGGUGAUGGCAAGCCUCGGGAGCGUCCGAAGUUGAAUCUUUUGCCGCGCACCAUUCCCCGCGAGACUGAAACCCCCACCAAGCCAGCGGACGGAGCGCCGCUCGAAGACAAACAGCCGGAGAAAGCCGCGCCAAAGCCCGUGUCCGCUGAGAAGGUGUUCGGAGCCGCCAAACCCGUAGACACAGCCGCUAAGGAGAGAGAAAUCGAGGAGCGUCUCCGCAAACAAGAGGAAGAGGCGCGGCGCGCGGGCGAUGACAAGGAGCGCUGGGGACGGAGGAAUGACCAUUCCGGUGAUCGUCGGGCGGGAGCGAGACGUGAUGACCGCGGUCGUGACUCACGCAGCUUCAACAGAGACAGAAGAGAUUACUCGAAGGACGACAAGGACAGGCGCGAGUACAGAGACGACAGGCGAGACUACAGAGAUGACCGGGAUCGGCGCGACAGAGAUGACCGCGACCGGCGCGACUACCGAGAUGACCGCGAACGGCGCGACUACCGCGACGACCGGGACCGGCGCGACUAUCGUGAUGAGCGCGACCGCCGCGACUACAGGGACGACAGGCGGGACGACCGCGACCGUCGUGACUAUUCGCCCGACAACAGGCAAGACCACAAGGACGACAGGGAGGAGCGCCGUGACUACUCCGGCGAGAGGCGCGGCUCUCGCGACCGCGACACGCACGAUGCCCGUGACUCGCGCGACACUCGCGACGCCAGGGAUGACUCCCGCGAGCGGCGCUCUGACUCGCGUCACCGAGACGAGCGUGACGGCCGCGAAUCCCGCGACUCGCGCGAUACUCGCGACACUCGCGACGAACACAACGGACGCGCUCGUCCGAGCCGCUCGCGGGACCGGCGCGACGACGACGACGCGUCGCUGCCCAAGUUGAAGGAACAGGAGAAACCUAUUUUCGUUGCGUCAAACAAAUUCAGCUUCCUGGACGCCGACGACGAUGUCGGAUCCGAUUAACACGUUCGGAACCUCGGUGCGCGAUAUAGUUGAGUGUUCAUUUUACAGUUGAUUCGAGUGUAAAGUGUAAAUUAUCGAGUAUCAAGUGGCUGACGCGGUACGGAACACUAUAUAGGCACUGGGACGAUCUUACCGUUGUGCUAUGUAAUAAAACUGGAUUAGUCGUUAGUGCGGUGUGGAUACACGUGUAUUAGGAUUGCUAUAUGCUCACGUUGCUUCGAAGCCGGCCCCAGUCUUUGUUGUGGCGCUCCCGAUAGCUUUUUAUUGUAAUCUCCCCACUGACAUAUUCCGAACAGUUAUUCCCGAGCUCGCAGGCGGUGCAAUAAAGGCUGGGGCUUAUGUUUGUGACCAUAUUGUACUGAUUGGUGUAAAAUUUUCUAUGGGUUUGUUACAUAAUGUAAUAUGAAUGUUUGCAAAAUAAAACUGUCCAAAAUCAAGUAAAGCUUGCGUUCCAAUCAGAAGGAGAUAUACUGGUUUUGGCACAGGUGCUUCUUCUUCAAUGUUAUCUUAUUGUGAAUAAUAUGUAUUGUAUUUCUCCAUUGUGUUAUGUUACAGAAUAUAAACAAUUAUUAUAAUUCAGCUCAGUUCAUUGCAAUGCCACCAUUUAUAUAGGAAAUCUUAUUUUGUUAUUUUAGAAUAUACCUUUAUGUUAAAUAAAUAUAUAGUCGAUUUAGGUUAUUAUUAGUAUAUAAUUUGUAUUAUUUAUCUUUACACUCAAAAUUGUCUAAUUAAUCAGGCUGUACGACGGACACGAUGUAUGUAAUGUUCAGUUGUCCACUACACGCUAAGAACGUACCAGCCCAGGGUGUGUGAAUUAUGAUAUAUAUUGAAAUUAUCAGUACCUAAAUACUGGAUUAAGGGCCGGUCUCAAUUAAUUGUCGGAACACGCGCAAGAUGCGUGCUAAAUGUUUAAUUUGUAAUGUCGAAAUUCUUUGGGUACAUUCAUUUUGAACUAUAAAUAAAAUACGUUUUUCAACCACAA